AUGUGUCUUUCUUUUCAAUUGACACAAACUCACCUGACCAGGAACUCAAAGCCAAAGAUUUCUGCGUCUCGCAGGCUCUUCUUAAAGACUAAAAUGUUGAAAAAGGCUGUGACCAUGUGGGAAAAUGAAAAACAGCUCAAAAGCGAGGAACGAGAUCAGGUCUUGAGUGAGAAAGUCCCAGCCCUGCAAGUCUCAGGUCUCAGCUUACAAGACCUACAGAAUCUUUGCAGAGAGUUACAUCAGAAAAUUGAUGUUGCUGAUGAGGACCGAUUUGACAUAGCUGCCAAAGUGACCAUAAAUGAUCAGAAAGUGCACGACUUGUCUCAGAAGAUUUAUGAGCUGAAAGGCAAAAUGAAGAGGCCAAACCUGAAGAGAGUGCGUGUUUCUGCAGACGCCAUGCUUGGUGCACUGCUGGGCGCCAAGGUCAAGGAGUCUGUGGACUUCAAGGCCAACCUGAAGACUGUGAAGAAAGAAGAGGAGAAGAAAGAGGAAGUAACAGACUGGCGUAAAAAUGUGGAUGCAAUGCUGCACCCGCUACCCGCUACUGUACUUAUAAAAGGUUGUUCACUGUUACUGCUGAUGUCCAAGUACAAACUCUUCUUGUUGAGGCAUGGAGAAGGCGCCUGGAAUAAAGAGAACCGCUUCUGCAGUUGGGUUGAUCAGAAACUGAGUGAAAAUGGGGUCACUGAGGCCCAGGACUGUGGCAGACUGUUAAAAGAACAGGGAUAUACCACCUGUGAUGUUGCCAAAGACAAACUACCUCGGUCUGAGAGUCUGAAGGAAGUGCUGGACAGACUGCUGCCAUAUUGGGACAAUACAAUAGUUCCAGAAAUUAGGAAAGACCGCUCAGUACUCAUAUCUGGUCAUGGAAAUAGCUGCAGGGCCCUUCUCAAACAUCUAGAAGGUAUAUCAGAUGAGGACAUUGUCAACGUUACUUUACCGACGGGCAUUCCUGUGCUGCUGGAGCUGGAUGAAAACCUCAGGCCAGUCAAACCUCGUCAGCUCCUGGGAGACCAAGCCAAGAUCCAGGCAGCUAUUAAAAAAGUGGAGGACCAGGGCAAAGCUAAACCAUCCACUUGA